CUUUCUUUUUUGAUCGGAUUACGUGUUUGUGUGGCAUAAAUUAAAUGGGGUGUUUAUAACGCAAAAAGGAAUAUGGAGAGCAUUCCUUUACAGUGUUCUGUGUGCGUGAAAUCUUUUAGUGGAGUGAUACCAGCCCAGCAACAUUAUGCUAGUCUUGAGCACAAGAAAAAGGUUGAAAAUCAAGCAGUUGCUCGCCGAGGCUAUGGAAACUACUGCGAAGUGUGCAAAAUUACUUGUGACACUUCUGCCAUUCUACAGAUUCAUAGUGAGUCUCCUCGCCAUCUCGCUAUGGUGGAAAAGCAGCGUGCAAUGACUAAUCGAAAUCACCAACCUGCUUCCGGCAAUACAGAUACCAGGGAAUAUCAUUUUGAUGGACAAAAGGGAUACUGUAACAUUUGCCAGAUUGAACUUACAUCAAGCUCGCAUGCAAACGAUCAUUUGAGCGGCAAAAACCAUAAGAAGAGAAAACAACAGACGCAGAUUCUAAGUAAUGGUUUAACUGCUAGUUCUCCCCAGAGACCUUUAUUACAAGCUAGUCAGGACUAUGCUACUGCAGCUUCCGCUACUUUAGCAUCUUCAAGGGAAAUACAGAAUGGAAGUAGUUCAAUAGAGAAAGGAUAUGAUUUUCAUGGAGGCCGAGGUGUUUGUCAUGUAUGUAACAUUGAACUAACAUCCAAUUCUCAUGCACAAGAGCAUCUGCGUGGUAAAAAUCAUGCCAAGAAAAAGGCUCAGUUGGAGACCGCAAAACGUUUUGGAAAAACGAUGACCCCAGCAUAUGUUCAAAACUUAACGAGCGCAGUAAUCCUGCCAAAUCUUCAGACUUUUAACACAGCGACUUCUGUUUCAGAGCAUAAGUUCCAGCAACCGUUAGGUAGAGGUUUCAGCCACACAGAGGCAAAUAUUGCAUAUCUUAAUGAAGCACAUCGCGAAUUGGGACAUAGUUCACUUUUUUGUGACACCUGCAAAGUAUCAUUUACAGGACCUGAAAGUCAGGCAGCUCACAUGGCUGGAGAAAAGCAUAAGAAAACAUUGAAAAAGCUGGAGAUGGAAAGUAUGGGCAGCCAGCACCCCCUGAAAUGCAAUGCCUGUAAUGUAGUUUUUACUGGCCAGGAAAAUGCAGAGGAUCACUUCAAAGGAAAGAAACAUGAAAGAAAUAUGAAAAACAUGAGCAUUAAGAACACUUUAGAGAGCCCAACUCAGGUCGGUCCAAUAGACAGAAGUUCGCCUCAGUAUCCAGCGCUAAGUGUUUCACCACAAGAAUUACAAACAACAAACAACCCUGAAACUCUUGUUGUCAAUCAAGUGACAAGGUAUCUGGAAUCACAUGUUGCUGGUCAUGAAAAUCAGAACAAUGUCUAUUGUGGAGAUGAAAAGGACAAAUUGCAUCAUUUUCAAGACGUGGGCUCAUCCGAUGAUGAUAGCGAUAGCAGCGAUGAUAUCUCUGUCAAACCCCUUGAUAGUCUUCCUUCUUCAGAGGUGAAUAAUUUAGAUGGACACGUAGCUGUUCAGACCCAUUCAAGUAUUAAUGAUAAUCAAUCAUGGGAAACAGAAUCAUCUCUUAGCAGUAUAAACAUAAAAUCCCUCAGUAUGGAAUGUCCAGUGCCUGGUCAAAGAAUGAAUAUAGAAAGGCAACACAGUGUUGAGACUGAUGAAUCUAAGAUAAGAAAUGAAACAACCGUAGGAAUAGAUCAGCUAACUGAUGACCUGAGCAGUCUUGAUAUAAAGUCACAUUUUGAAACAUCAACAGAGCAAAGUUUAUCUUCUAGUAGAUUUACUGAACCGUAUCGAGUAGUUCAGAAUGAUUUUAGCGCUGGCUGCUCCCUUCUUGGGCGUGGUAGAGGGUUUCUACAGAACUUCGCGAAAUCCCAAGAAAACCUUCCUGGCAAGGUAUUGAAUACUGCACAACGUUCUACGGAAUUGAGACCAAAUAAUGAAACACGUCAAUGGGGCGAAAAUGCUUCUCAUGAGGAAAGAAGUGAAACGUUUCGAAAAACUGUUGAAUCACCUUCAAGCCAAAAUGAUUUUGUUGGAAACAAACCCAUGACAACAAUAUCUGAGGGAAACCAACCUGUUCAAUAUCAAUUUAAUAAUGAACCUAGAUUUCAUGAGUGUUCACCAAGUUACACUGAUGACUCACGGUCUGAAAGCGAGGGAAGUCUUGCACAAGAAGGUAUUAAUUUCGAAAGAUUUAACACUGGAUAUCAGACUCAAUUAAGUCCUUUGCAACAUCAACAAAAUUAUCAAAUCCAACAAACACCCGAACAGUGUGACCUACAAGGACGAAAUAACCAAGAAGUUAAUUUUGACCCAAGAAUGGGAAGAGGCCAAUGUUUUGUAUGUGCUAUAGAGCUGACAUCUGUACAGCAUAUGCAGCAGCAUUUGACGGGAAAGAAACAUUUCAAGGCGUUGCAAGUACAACAACAAUUGCAGCAGAUGCAUCGAGAUGACAACAUGAUGUGCUUGGCUUGUAAGGUUACAUUUUCGGGCCCGGAGAGUCGCCAGCAACAUAUGCAGAGUGAACGACAUUUUAAGAAAAUUCAAUCUCUGACGGAAGAAAAGAAGGAAUACUAUUGUGAUGUUUGCAAAGUUCCAUGUUCAGGUGCUGAUAAUUACCAGCAACACAUUGAAGGGGCCAAACACAGAAAAAUGACCGGUACUGAUCUAGUGGGCUUAACAUCACCAGAAAAUGCUAUAGACAAGACAAUCUGGCAUACCUGUCCGAUCUGCUUUUCAAAGACAAACACUGAGCACCACUUGAGAGUUCACAUCAGCGCAAAGCACCCUGGGCAUGAACUAGCAGUCCCAAGGCAGCUUUUUGGCGCCUCUCACAGUCCUCCUGCAGAACGUGUCAGACUUCAGCCGACCGUGCAUAUACAACAACCCCCGAUAUCACCUACCACUCUGAAUAGUGGUCACACUACUCCUUUACAAGUAUUUUUGUCGGAGCCGUUGUUUCCUCCAGAGUUUUUACCGAAGGAAAUGCAAGAAGGAGCUACUGGCGCACAACCAGAGAAAGUAGAAGUCAAUAUAACUGGGCCGUUUCAAAGACCAGAACGUUUUGCAGAAGCAGCUGCAUUCAAUGAUGAAACCUGCAACGAUUCUGGAAGUUGUAAUAAAAGGGGUAAUCUGUCUGAUCUGGCUUAUGCCACAAGAAACCAUAAUUCUGGUAAUGAUAAUGCAUCUAGAAUACUUAGCUCCGAGAUGUUAGGGGCAAAGCCAAAAGAUGGGAGUUCUGUAUUACACAACCCUUAUUCAGCGAAUUUCCCAUACUACUGUCACACGUGUAAAAGUCCAAUGAACACAAGAGAUGCCUAUUUGAGCCACAUUAAUGGGAACAGACACAAGCAAAAGGUUUGCACUGAGCCUGCUCCUAUCAGAGAGCACGUGCAAGGACUUGACAUUACAUCCGGAUACAUCCCAUAUACUUUAACGAAGCCUCGGAACUACCAGUUUGAACUGUACGAAAAGGCCAUGGCAAGAAAUGCAUUGGUAUUUUUGCCAACUGGAACUGGGAAGACGCUGGUUUCUGUCAUGACGAUAAGCGCCAUGUUGGAGAAGUAUCCAACCCGGAACAUUCUCUUCCUUGUCGACAAAGUUCUCCUAGUCAUGCAGCAGUCUCAAUACAUUCAACAGCAGCUUGGGGACAAGACAUUCAACAGGUUCAAUGAUGAGACUGAGCAGACUACUGACUUAGUGCGCCGUAAGAUCCGUGUAGCAGCACUCUGCAUGGGUCAGCAGGCAACACAUGGCAUCCCACUGUGGAAACACGACAUUGUUGUCGUUACUGCCGGAUUUUGUAAAAACAUUCUAGAAAAAAAAGUAAUUCGUUGGGAAGACUUCAGCUUAAUAGUCGUCGACGAAGUACACCACUGUGAAAAAGCGCAUCCAUACAACGUCAUUCUAAGCACAUAUCACCUUAAACAAACUCCAGAUCGCUUUGGUCCAACAGCUCUCGGUCUCACCGCAUCUCCCGCUGGAAAGGCAAGUGUUCAAGCAACAGUGGGCAUGUUAAAUGUUCUCAUCUCAAACAUGGGUGGGGCAAAAAUGUGUAUCGUAGAAAAUCCCGAGUGUGUGAGCACAUUGGUACAGUACCAGUCAAAUGCUAAUCUAGAAGCUAGAACACCAACGGACACUAGUACAACCAAGACGUACGCCUUCGAGAACACAUUCAAAACCGAGCUAAAUGUGUACAUUAUGUAUUGUGUUCUUAAGUUAGCAGACAUUUCAAAUAUAAAAGAAUAUGUUAAUAUCAGACCAGAGAUGACACCUUGCAUGCGAGAUAGCAUUGUAAGAAUGAUUGCAGACAAUUUUGUGGAAGAAGAACUUGAUACUAUCCAAAUUAGCUUAUGUUCAAUCGAGAAGAAAAGCAACAACAUAGAUGUGGUGGAGUUUUCUAUGAUCAAGAGGCAUGUGCAAGGCGUAUGUAUGGCAAGAAGCAGUGUUAUCGACGGUGGUGUAUUUUGUGCCAUACAAGAAUUGGCGGAACUUGGAACUGUAGGGUUUCAGUUUGCUCGUAGUGUUGGCCUGCCAACAGCUGCGCUGCAACAGCUGAUCAAGGUUGACCACGCUAAGUUUUUUCUAACCUCGACCUCGCCAUCUGGAAUACCUGAUCCCUCCGCCGUAGCAGAUCAUCAUGUCCAGAACCUAAUCAACGAGCUGACCACGACUGGCAGAAGUGGACAAGGCAUAUCUUUGGUCCUCGUCAAGCAAAGGGCCACAGCCUACCAUCUUGCUGGUAUUCUUAAGAACUCGCCGCAGUUACAGAGGGCCGGUUUACAUACAACUACGAUGGUUGGGCACGGUGAUGGGUCGGCCGGGUCAGCUGGUGGAAUGUCGGUGAGAGCUCAAAAAGAGGUCCUCGAGGAAAUCAAGCAAGGAAAGUACCAGGUUGUGGUUGCUACGUCAGUUGCCGAGGAGGGCGUUGAUUGGCCGGAUUGUGAGCGCGUGAUCACCAUGUACCCUCCCUCCACUGUCACCGCUCUCAUCCAGAUGCGGGGUAGGGCGAGGCGCAAGGACAGCAAGUUUAUCGUGUUAUGUAGCAACUUGGAGGAGGAAGAGAAAUUAAAAGACAUUAUGAUGCGAGAACAGAACAUGAUUGAAGCUACCAAGUGGAUUGUUCAGCUUCAACGUGGUAACGAUUCGUGAACACAUGUGUGUGACCGGUGAAUACGAAUCGUGCUUGUGACAUGUUAGCUCUAAGGUUCUAUUAAGUAUUGUAACACUUGUGUGAUUAAGGGAUUCAACUAGUGUUAAACGCUUUGGUUUUCAAAAAAAUGCAGAUGUUAUAUCUUGUUUUGUUAAUGUUUUCUGUCAACUUGUGAUUUUUGUAUAUACCCUGUUAUUUUGAAUUCCUACCUUGUUCAUAGAUUGUCUGCUAUUAUGUAGCAAUAGAUAUGAAUUCACAAUAGGCCAUGCUCAAGGCGAUUGAAAAUAAUUCACCAUUAGCUAUAUAUACAUGCAAGAAGCUUAUGCUUGUUAUUUAUACUAUUCAACACACUAUAUCUCUAUUUGGUAAGCUGCUCUUAUUUAAUUCUUGCCUUAUUAAGUAAUAACAUACUUAUGCUUUCGUAUGCUAUAAUUCUAUCGUCUCUUAUGUUUUCAAUUUCAUUCCAUUACAUGCCAAACAUAAAUUAUUUGUUAUUUUCUUAAGGAUAAUAAUACAAAUUUAACACCGAUAUAACUGUGCCACAGACAUGAUAAUUUAAUAAAAUAGUUACAUACAUACAAAGCAAAUGGUUUCAAAAGAAAAUGUGUGCCAUGUAAAGCACCUGGCUCCAGUGUCCUUAUACAUUUAGACUCAGCAUACUUGCAUUGCCAUGGAAAUAGGAAAGUACCAAACUGAAAAUAUAAAUAUGCAUUAGCCUGGGUUGAAAAAUGAUGUAUACAACAAAUGUUCCAUUUAUAGACAUCCAGAGUAAAAGAAAUUUUGACAACUUUUUUAUGGAGUCUUGACUAUCUGAGCUUCGAAUGACCAAUUUAUGAAAAACCCUCCUAAUUUACGAACUAAAACUAAGUUCAUGCCUAAUAUUACCCUUAUGAAUACCGCAGAUAAAAUUCAUACAUUCAUUUUGCAAUUUUUAUUAAACUGAGUUACGGAAAUGCUACCUCGAUCUUUAAGUGUGUUUUUAAAUGUGUGGCAUUAAAUUAUAUGGUAAUAAUUAAAGAAGUCCAACUUCAUUUAAUUAAAAAUUAAAAAUUGGCAUUAAAUUAAAAAUUCAGUGUUUGCUUGUCUUUGUUUUGAUGCGGGUGUGGUCUCUUUUGGUGUUUGUUCGUUUGUGUCUUGCGUUUGGGCCUUUGUCUUGAACCUCUGUACAUGGUUUAUAUUCUUGUGCACAAAGUUUCGAAUUCUUGACAACUGGGCAUGUCCCUGUAGUGUUCAAUGUAAUACUGUGUCCUAUUUCGGUAUUCAUUUUUACUUUUAUCUCAUUGGUGCAUUGACAUAACACAGGCGUGGUUAGGUAUUAGUAUGAAACAUUUUGACGGUGUUCGUUGUUGAUAUUGUUUCUUGUGUGUAUAUAUAACUUAUUUUGUCUGUUUGGAAAAAGGAACCAAAAACAAGAUGAACAUUUUUAUUCAAUUUCUCUUUGCAUUGUCUAAUUAUAAAUGUUUAGAUUAGGCUAGUGUACGUAUUUAUUUAAGUUAUUAUUUCAAUAUAUAUAUAGCAUUUAAACCUGUAUAUGUAAAUUAUUUAAAUUUGUUUUGAGUUUCUUGCUUUUGUGGUUAAAGUAACUGAUAUAAAGCUGAUUAAAUCUAGAAGAAAAAGUUUUACUCGUCAAGAGUUUUAGCUUCUUUGUGACGACAAGGACCGCGUAUUCAUAUAGUAAAUACAUGCAGUUAGAUAUUGCUCAUUUUGAAAAUAGGCUUAUGGACAUGGGCAAAAUUCUCACCAUUUACCUCCAUUUUUUACUAAUUG